AGAUACGGAGUACGCAGUCAGAGAAUCUCGUUCAUUCUGCUUGUCUGGUUCGGACAGGUGUCUAGAUCUGUGGCGUCUCUUACUUUCUGGUGGGGAUUUUGGGUCGCGCGGCAAUUUUGUGGAUUUCUCCGCCAGUCUCUCUCUACUUCAGUUGCCUCGCCGUCUGGCGUUAGCAGGCUGGACAUGCGCAUGGAUCUGGCGUCGCCGUCCAGACGUAUGUCCAGAACCGGCAGAUGCGCCCUGUUGGCCGUCUGUUGGCCGGCACAUGCGCAUGGAUCUGGCGUCGCCGUCCAGCCGUAUCUCAGGUGUCUGGCGGGCAUGGAUCCGCCGUGACCAUCAAUUCCGAUGGCAGAUGGGUUCGUGAUGGUCGGAUCCGUCGACCUUGACGGCGUGCAGGAACGGGGCGCCCAGAGACGUCGAUGGCGUGGUUGGGCUAGGAGAGAAUCCCGACGAGGGUCUUGACCACUACAUGGAUAUUCCGGCUACUGCCAGACUCGAGGUUCCCACCAACAACUCCGGGCCACAGGGUCUUGACCACCACGUGGAUAUUCCGGCUACUGGCAGCCACGAGGUUCCCACCAACAACUCCGGGCCGCAGGGUGUUGGCCACCUCGUGGAUAUUCCGGUUACUGGCAGCCUCGAGGUAACCAACAACAACUCUGGGCCACAGGAUGGCAACUACGCCAACGACUGUAAGCUGGCCGCUUUUGGUGGUCUUGCUGACUGCGCGACAGCUGUCGCAGCUCUCAUGUACAAACCCCCGAGCAGCGGCUAGCCCGUGUAUCCCGUGGUGGCAGGAAUCGUCACUGUCGCCGGCGUGGCAGAGAUAGUGGCCGCAGGCUAUGUCGCAUGUGACAUCCGCAGGCGUGGCGCUGCUGGGAGGAAGAUCCUAUAUGUGUCCGUGUUUAUGCUCGUGCUCGGCAUCGCGGUUGACAUCUUUGCCUACACGCGCAAGUGAGCAAGAAGCCAAGAACCAAUCGACGCCUGCAUGAUGUCUGUGGCAGGAAUAAUAACUAGUGUACACUUGCAUCUUUAUCACCUGAUACUGUGCUUGCCUGGGUUCGUACGAGUGUACUUAGAUGGGUCUGCAGAUUACGUUUCUGUAUUUCUGUCAAACCAUGACACGUUUACUUUGUCGAUGUGUGUGCACUUUGUACUCAUUGCGGCUGUAUUACCUCAGUGCGACAUUUGAGUUAAUAAUAUCCCUUUCAUUGA